GCUACCACAGUGUAGUACAGUGUAUUUCAACGACUCACUGACUGAUCGUCUACGCGCUUCAACACAAGAGUAUUCAUCGUGCGACAUGUUCACUGUAAUUGUCAAUUAAGUCAUCGCGUGUGCAAUUGAGUCAUGGAGGCAUGUUUGGCUGCGAGUUGUGCGACUGCAACAACCGCUACUCCUGCGAACUUAUUCCCAUAUCUAGUGCAGACGCUUCUAGCAGCGCAAUGCAGCUUGGGCAACGGCGAUAUUUAUCCACCUGAUCGUUCAGAAGAGAUUGCGAAUUCUGACAGAGAGUUCGACUUUAUAAUUGUGGGCAGCGGAACCGCCGGUUCCGUGCUGGCCAAUCGUUUGACCGAAGUAGAAGACUGGAAAGUACUGUUAAUCGAAGCUGGCGAGAAUCCUUCGUACUUAAGCGAGAUUCCCGCAGUAUUUCUAGCGCAACUAAAAACGCCGCAAGAUUAUUCUUACGAUAUUGAGUGUGAAAAAUUCGCUUGCCUCGGUUCGAACAAUCGGAGGUGCAAAUGGCCACGAGGCAAGGCACUUGGCGGCAGCUCCAUACUAAAUGCCAUGCUUCACAUUUUCGGCAACGAAAGAGAUUACAACACGUGGUCCGAAAAUGGUAACAAGGGUUGGAGCUACGACGAAGUCCUGCCGUACUUCAGGAAAUCCAUCACCUGCGGUCACAGCGAGAAUAACGAGUGGAGAAGCAAAUACUGCGGUCGCGGACCGAUGAACAUUAGGUACUUCAACGUUUCCUACUCCGAUUUGAAUCAACUGUUCUUAGACGCUGCACGUGAACUGAACGUGCCUGUUCUGGACGCCGUCAACGGCGACCGAUACGUCGGAUACGGCGUAGCUCAGGUAACCGCGGAAAAAGGUCGCAGGAACAACGCCGCGAAAGCUUUCCUGUCGCCGAUCAGGGACAGGAGCAAUCUCUACGUGAUGAAGUCCACCCGAGCCGACACCGUUAUCCUGGAAGACGGUCGGGCGGUCGGAGUGCGCGUGGCCCUGAAAAACGGCAAGUCGAUCGACGUGAAGGCCUCGAAGGAAGUAAUCGCGUCGGCCGGCAGCAUCAACACUCCGCAACUCCUCAUGUUGUCCGGCAUCGGGCCCGAGCAGCAUUUACGCGAAAUGGGGAUACCCAGCGUCGUUGAUUUGCCCGUUGGCAACAAUCUGCAAGAUCACGUCUUUUGGGCCGGGGUGCUGUUGGGUUUCAAGAAUAAAAGCGCGACACCGCCGCCGCUCACGCGCGCUCUCGACGACGCUUACGAGUACUUAAUGUACAAUCAGGGCUCCUUCGCGAGUGCCUCGGGCCACGAUUUUCAAGGCUUCGUCAACGUUAACGACCCGACCGCCAAGUAUCCCGAUAUUCAGUUCCUUCAUCUUUAUCUGUCGCAAUGGCGCACAGAUAUAACACACGGCUUUCUGUCGGGUAUAAACUUCGACAAAGAAAUAAUACAGAAGGUCUCGACACUCGUGAUGCAAAUGAAUAUAAUUCAUAUUAUGUCGGUUCUGCUAAAUCCGAAGAGCCGGGGCGAGGUACGACUGCGUAGCAAGGAUCCAACGGAAUCCGUUAGGAUCCGCGCGAAUUACUUCACCGAGCAGGAGGAUCGAGAAACAAUGCUGAAGUCCGUGGACUUCGUGAAGAAGCUGGUGAAUACUGAGAUAUUUAAGCGAGAAGGAUUCUCGCUGCAACUUCUCGACAUUGAACAUUGUCGCGAUAUCGAACUUGACUCCAAGGAAUAUUGGGAGUGUAACCUACGACAUAUGUCGACUACGCUUUUCCAUCCCGUUGGAACGGCCAAAAUGGGUCCUCGAAGCGAUCCUACGACCGUCGUGGAUUCUCGAUUGAAGGUUCACGGAAUACAAGGAUUGAGAGUUAUUGAUGGAUCCAUCAUGCCAACGAUCACUAGCGCAAACACAAACGCACCCAUAAUGAUGAUAGCCGAAAAGGGAGCAGAUUUAAUUAAAGAAGACUGGAAGACGAUUACGAAGAAUGAAUUAUAGAAGAAAAACAAAUUUUAGAGCCUGCCAUAUUUAAUAAUAUCAAACUCUUUUCUUUCUUCUUUCAUGCGUGUUAUAAAGAAUUAAGUAUUUCAAAAU